AUGGUCGUGUCAUCUCCCGACAGCUCUGACGACGAACUUGAAUAUCAAGGCUCCUCUGAAAUCCACAGACUGGCCCGUGCUAGCUCAGCAAUCCGGCCUUUUGCAACUACAGAAACCCCCGUCACUCUUUCCAUCGCGGGAAUAGCGGACCCACAAACUAAAUACUAUAUUCGCUCCGCUACUCUGGUUGAAAAGUGCAGGGCCAGGGACAACAAUAUAUGCCCCCUGAAGAAGACCUCCGACGGCACAGAGGUUGCACACAUCUACCCCCUUUCCCUUAGAUUCAAAGACGGCUCGGAAGCGCACCGGAUACUUUGGAUGAACCUGGAGCUGUAUUUCUCCGCUGAAAGAAUUAAGAGAUGGGAAAAGGCUGUUUUCGACGACCAGCGAAAUGAAACACUCGCUAACCUGCUAUGCCUCGGGCCAGUCGCCUAUGAACUCUGGAUCCAGUUCUUUUGGAUGCCCCGGUGGAAUUACGUCCCACUCGAGCUCGAAGGCCCACCCGAGGAGCCUGAUAAUACUGAUAUCUCGGCCUGCGGUAUUCCGCUAUAUAAUAUUCAGACAGGACAGCGUAUCCAGUCUGGCGAUAUGAUUACUUUCACCACAACUGAUCCAGAGAAGUUUCCCCUGCCGUCAACAGAUCUGCUGGACAUGCAGUGGGUCCUACACAGGCUUAAUGCACUUAGCGGCGCCGCGGAAGCCACUGACGAGGACCUGAACUUGGAUGAUCGUUGGUAUGUGGGUUCACGGCUCUACUACGGGGAGGAAUACGGUAUCAGAAUGUGGGUAGAUGAGGCACGAACCGACGAAGGGGAUACAGAUGAUGAUUGGGGGCUGGUGGAGGCUCUCGAGGCCAAGCCCCUUACCCUGCGCCUGCACAAGCCCGAUGCCUCCUGA